AUAAAAUUAUAUAUAUAUUAUGUCUAUAUAUUAAUUAAAAUUUGUGAAUAUUUGGGGUCUCAUUUAUCAAGAUGUAUAUACAGAGUUUUGUGUGUAAGCAGUGUAUGCACAUUUCUAUGCACUGAAUGGGAUCUGUUACUACUGACCAUGCGUAUACAUUUUCCAUGGUGGUAUAAUAAUAUGUAAUAGCAGGUAAACUGUUUACUUGGAGCUUCUAUCCCACUUAUUGUCAAUCAAAUCAGCAGAACUGAGAGUAAUUACUGAUUUCAGUGCAUCAGUCAUUUUGGUUAUUCAGCUGUUUACGGAAACCUCAAUAUCUCAGUUCAGGAUGGUUCUAGCUCCUUGAAUCAAAAACUGAUCUCUAGAACACAUUAUAAGGUACAUGUACAUAUAUAAAGAUUUCGCACAUUCUUGUUCCUUCGACUUAGAACUUAAGUCCUAAUGUAAUUCUCAAGAUUGCUCACAGUUCCACUUUUAGGGUCAAUUUAUAAUGGGAAGGGUUCGAGUCUCAGUUUUAAUUUUAGGGGGUAUCUGGGUAAGUAUAGUAUGCAUGCAGAACAUUUCAGGUUUGAGACUUCUCUUUUUUUAAUCGGGGUGAGAAAGUGCCAUUUUUUUUUUUAAAUUCCCCUGAAUUUCAAGGUUAUAUAUCUCUGGUGGGGGACCAGAUACGAAGCUGAAAUUUUCACACAAAUACGUCCUCUAUAGUAGCAUUCUGGUGUAAAAAAAAUAAUAUUUAGUUUGAGAUUCCACGGGUUACAGAGCUAGGGCUAGUAGAAAUCUGGGGAAAAUCAUACUUUAUUCAUGCGUUUUGAGAAAUGAUCAGAUGUAAUAUAAACAUAACAAAUAAUAAAAAUGAACAGUAUUUUACGGUAAUUAUGGUUAUGAUGACAUACAGUAACGUAUGCUUGUCAAUGAGGUCUAAAAUGUUACUACAUUUGAUAUCAGCAACAGUGAAGCAUGAUCUAUCACAGGGUUCUUCACAGCUACAGUUUAGCUCCAACCUCCAAACUCACCUGCCUGUAAUUUUCUAGUAAUCCUGAAGACCUUGGUUAGCUUGUUCAGGUGUGUUUGAUUAGGGUUGGAGCUAAACUCUGCAGCACAGUGGACCCGAGGGCCAGAUCUGAAGAACCCUGAUCUCUCAUGUUAGUACAGGUGUACAGUUGGCAUGCGUGAAUAGAUUUUAUCUAUGUGUGUGUGUGUGUGUGUGUGUGUGUGUGUGUGUGUGUGUGUGUUCCUUGACUCCACCUCCUUCAGGUUCUUCUCUGUGAAUUAAACCAGUUCCAGUUUAAGUAAAAGUGAAACUCCACUUAGUGACGAUUGGACUGUAAAAGGUUCUCAGGAGAAAAACACAGUUUACAGGUGUAAACUGUAGGAGGAGACAUGACCUCCAAAAUGAGUGUGUCUAUGGAACAGGACAGAAAGAAAGAUGAGAGUCUGAUUCAGGGUAAGAGAUCAGACUCACCUGAACCCAGCUGUGUGUCCAUGAAGAGUGACGGGUCAAUGGAUCAUCCAAUACACUUCAGAGACACAGACUGUGCUACUGAUCUGAGACCGCAGAAGAAUAAAUCAAAAUUCACUGAGAAAAGUCAUUUGGAGGACGUAUUCAAGGAGCUGGAGCACAAAGUCAUCAGUCUGAUAAAGAAUGAGCUGAAGAGAUUUAAGAAGCUCCUGAGUCCAGAUUACCCAGCAUGCUCUGAGAGGGAGGUGGAGGAUGAGGAGGAUCAGAGCAGUGUCAGAGAGGGAGUGCUGAAGAUCACACUGCACUUCCUGAAGAACAUGAACCUCACAGAUCUCGCUAACACACUGCAGAACAAACUCGUCCCUGUGCACCAGCGAGAACUCAAAUCCACACUGAGAGAGAAAUGUAAAAGAAUUAAUGAAGGAAUCUCACAGCCUGGAAGUUCAGCACUUCUGAAUGAGAUCUACACAGAUCUCUACAUCACAGAGGGUUGGAGUGGAGACGUCAAUAAUGAACAUGAGGUGAGACAGAUUGAGACAGCGUCCAGGAGACCAGCAACACAGGAGACACCCAUCAAAUGUAAUGAUCUCUUUAAAGACAAGUCCAUCAGAAGAGUGCUGACUAAAGGAGUUGCUGGAAUUGGAAAAACAGUCUCUGUGCAGAAGGUCAUUCUGGACUGGACUGAAGUAAAAGCAAAUCAGGACGUCACCUUCAUGUUUCCACUUCCCUUUAGAGAGCUGAAUCUGAUGAAGCAGAAACAUCUCAGUCUGAUGGAGCUUCUUCAUCACUUUUUCCCAGAAAUAAAAGAAUUAGGAUUAAUAGACUGUGAGAUCAACAAAGUCCUGUUCAUCUUUGAUGGUCUGGAUGAGUGUCGACUUCCUCUAAAUUUCCAGAAGAAUGAGAUGUUGAGUGAUGUGACAGAGUCAGCCUCAGUGGAUGUGCUGCUGACAAACCUCAUCAAGGGGAAUCUGCUUCCCUCUGCUCUCCUCUGGAUAACCUCUCGACCAGGAGCAGCCAAUCAGAUCCCUCCUGAGUGUGUAGACCAGGUAACAGAGGUACGAGGGUUCAGUGAUCCUCAGAAAGAGGAGUACUUCAGGAAGAGGAUCAGUGAUCAGAGCCUGGCCAAUAAAAUCAUCUCACACAUGAAGUCUUCAAGAAGCCUCUACAUCAUGUGCCACAUCCCAGUCUUCUGCUGGAUCUCAGCCACUGUUCUAGAGAGAAUGUUGGGUGAAGCAGAGAGUGGAGAGAUCCCCAAGACUCUGACUCAAAUGUUCACACACUUCCUGAUCUUUCAGAUCAAACACAAGGACCAAAAGUACCAUCAGAAAUGUGACCCUGAUCCUCAGCAGACCAGAGAGAGUAUCCUGGCACUGGGAAGACUGGCUUUCCAACAGCUGGAGAAAGGAAACCUGAUCUUCUAUGAGGAUGACCUGAGAGAGUGUGGCAUUGAUGUGAGAGAAGUGUCAGUGUACUCAGGAGUGUGUACCCAAAUCUUCAGAGAGGAGUUUGGUCUUCACCUGGGGAAGGUGUUCAGCUUUGUACAUCUGAGUGUUCAGGAGUUUCUGGCUGCUUUAUACGCAUUUCUCUCCUUCAUCAACAAAAAGACUGCAAAACAACAAACCUGGUCUGAUCUUUUCACCAAGUCAAACAUGUCUGAUUUCCUGAGGAGUGCAGUGGACAAGGCCUUACAGAGUGAGAAUGGACACCUGGACCUGUUCCUCCGCUUCCUUCUGGGUCUCUCACUGGAGUCCAAUCAGACUCUCUUACGAGACCUACUGCCCCAGACAGGAAGCAGUUCUCACAGCAAACAGGAAACAGUCGAGUACAUCAAGAAGAAGAUCAGGGAGAAUCCACCUCCAGAGAAAUCCAUCAAUCUGUUCCACUGUCUGAAUGAACUGAAUGAUCAUUCUCUAGUGCAGGAAGUCCAACGUUACCUGAACAGAGGAGGUGACUGUCGUCUCAGUGGAGUCAGACUCUCUCCUGCUCAGUGGUCAGCUCUGGAGUUUGUGUUGCUGAACUCAGAAGAGGAUCUGGAUGAGUUUGUUUUGAUGAAAUAUUACCCAUCAGAGGAAUGUCUUCUGAAUCUGCUGCCAGUGGUCAAAGCCUCCAGAAAAGCUGAUCUGCGUCAGUGUAAUCUCACAGAGGAAAGCUGUAGAGUUCUGUCCUCAGUUCUCAGAUCAAACUCCUCCAGACUGAGAGAACUGGACCUGAGUUACAAUAAACUGCAGGAUUCAGGAGUGACGCUGCUCUCUGCUGAACUGGAGAAUCCACACUGUACACUGGAGAUACUGAGGCUGCGUCGGUGUAAUCUCACAGAGAAAAGCUGUAGAGUUCUGUCCUCAGUUCUCAGAUCAAACUCCUCCAGACUGAGAGAACUGGACCUGAGGGACAAUAAACUGCAGGAUUCAGGAGUGACGCUGCUCUCUGCUGGACUGGAGAAUCCACACUGUACACUGGAGAUACUGAGGCUGCGUCGGUGUGAUCUCACAGAGGAAAGCUGUAGAGUUCUGUCCUCAGUUCUCAGAUCAAACUCCUCCAGACUGAGAGAACUGGUCCUGAGUGAGAAUAAACUGCAGGAUUCAGGAGUGACGCUGCUCUCUGCUGAACUGGAGAAUCCACACUGUACACUGGAGAUACUGAGGCUGCGUCAGUGUAAUCUCACAGAGGAAAGCUGUAAUGUUCUGUCCUCAGUUCUCAGAUCAAACUCCUCCAGACUGAGAGAACUGGACCUGAGUAAGAAUAAACUGCAGGAUUCAGGAGUGACGCUGCUCUCUGCUGGACUGGAGGAUACACAAUGUACACUGGAGAUACUGAGGCUGUGUCGGUGUGAUCUCACAGAGGAAAGCUGUAGAGUUCUGUCCUCAGUUCUCAGAUCAAACUCCUCCAGACUGAGAGAACUGGACCUGAGUGAGAAUAACCUGCAGGAUUCAGGAGUGACGCUGCUCUCUGCUGGACUGGAGGAUCCACACUGUACACUGGAGAUACUGAGGCUGGAAGGCUGCAGUAUUACAGGUGAAGGUUGUGCUGUUCUGGUUUCAGCUCUGAGGUCAAACACCUCAUCACACCUGAGAGAACUGAAUCUGAAACGCAAUAAUCCAGGAGAAUCAGGAGAGAAGCUGCUCUCUGAUCUACUGAAGGAUCCACACUGUACACUGGAGAAACUAGAGUUCUGGUCAUUUUCAUUCCGACUUCCCAUUCCCAACCUCAGAUGAUUAUGGAUUACAUUAACCUGUACAAAUAAACAUUACAAAGUGUUGUGAAGAACAUACACUCACCGUCCACUUUAUUAGGAACACCUGUACACCUGCACAUUCAUGCAGUUCUCUAAUCAGCCAAUCAUGUGGCAGCAGCACAAUGCAUAAACCCAUGCAGAUGCAGGUCAAGAGCUUCAGUUAAUGUUCACAUCAAACAUCAGAAUGGAGGAAAAGUCUGAUCUCUGUGACUUUAACCGUGGCAUGGUUGUUGGUACCAGAUGGGUUGGUUUGAGUAUUUCAGAAACUGCUGAUCUCCUGGGAUUUUCACACUGAACACCCGCUCACAGGAUGUUUUUUUUUCACCAUUCUGUAUAGAGACUGUUGUGUGUAUUUGGCUGAUUGGAUAAUUGCAUAAAUGAGCAGGUGUACAGGUGUUCCUAUUAAAGUGGACGGUGAGUGUAUGUGACUAUUACUAUUUUAAAAGGAUAAUGAUAAUGGGUAAGAUUUUGCUUGUACAAUGCUUUGUUGUGGUUCAUUAGAUGAUGAAAUGUCAGGACUGUAAAUAUGAAUCAGCUGAGAUAAAUAAACUAAACCUACAUAUUAGAUUGUUUAUGACUAAUCCAGUAUAAUGUAGCUUAAACACACAAACUGAACAGUAAUGAAACUUCUACUAUUACAUUUGUUUAUCAGCAAUAAAUAAACUCUUAUUGUACCUCCAGUAUAA